UACUGCUCUUUUAGUUGGUGAUGAUUCUCCCAUUCUGCUGCAGUGAAGAUCCUGGUUAUAUAAAGAAAGGGGUGGGUAGCCAUUCUGAUGUGGAGGAUCCUUUAUUGAACACUGAUUUGAAUAGUAACCCCAUUUGGACGGGAAACUGGUCUCAAUUGUGCCCUACAUGCAAGAUAAUAAGACCUAUUCGCUCCAAGCACUGUCCGACAUGUAAACGCUGCGUGGAACAGUUUGACCAUCAUUGCCCCUGGAUCUCAAACUGUGUGGGGAAGGUAAGUACUAAGAAUUCAUAUGAUUUUCACUCAGUGAACUAAGGCCAUGCUGAUCACACAUUUACAUGUAGACAACUGAUGAAUAUAUAGAGUUGCCAGAUCAUCUUUUCUGGUAUAGUUUUUGUGGAAGUGCCUCUUCAUUUUAUAUGUUAAGAGGUGGCAGUGCCAGAAUUCAGGAAUUAUCUAUUAUUUAUAGUUUAAGUGAUUCCUUAUGGAAAUUUUGUGUAGGCUUGAAUUGAUUUCUAUUUAUUCCCCAGCAUAGUAUGGUGCUAGAAUCGAAUUUUCCUUUGCUCCUUGAAUUUGUUCACUUUUCUAUACUACAAUCCAUCUGGUCUUG